GAAGAAAUAGAUCCGAAAUCAUUAUCUUGGGCAUAACAUUCAAAAUGAGAUGAUCCAACUUUUGUCAAAUGAAGUGAAAAAGAAGAUUCUUCAAGUAGUGAAAAGUGAAAAGUAUUUCUCUGUUAUCCUAGAUUGCACACCUGAUGUUAGUCACGAGGAGCAAAUGACACUCGUGCUAAGAUGUGUAAAUGUGUCUACGAGUCCGAUUUGAGUGGAUGAGUUUUUUGUUACAUUUGUGAAGGUUGUUGAGACAACCGGAGAAGCUCUCUUUCUAGAACUCAAAAGACUCCUUGAGACCCAUGAGCUUGAUUUUAACAAUGUAAGAGGGCAAGGUUACGAUAAUGGCUCAAACAUGAAGGGAGAUAACAAGGGUGUGCAAGGUAGAGUCUUACGGGAGUAUCCUAGAGCAUUUUAUACUCCAUGUGGUUGUCAUUCUCUUAAUCUUGCCCUUUGUGAUAUGGCCAUGAGUUGUCCGCAAGCAAAAACAUUUUUUGGAGUUGUUCAUCGAAUCUAUAAAUUAUUUUCGGGUUCAACAAAACGACGGGAAGUUUUCAGGACUUAUGUUAAAGACCGUGAUGGAAACGGUCUUACUCUUAAGUCAUGGUCAGAUACACGUUGGGAAAGUCGUGUUGCCAGUGUUAGAGCAAUCAGGUUCCAAGCACCACAAAUUAAAGAAGCAUUGGAGCACUUAACCAAAUUUAGCAAUGACCCUAGCACGGUUAGUGAUGCCAAGUCUAUCUCCGAUUAUGAAAUGAACUUUGAUUUUCUUGUUGCUUUGGUCUUAUGGUAUGAGAUACUAAACAAGGUCAAUAAGGUUAGUAAAGUCUUGCAACA